AUGCCUGAAAUUGCGGAGAUUGCGCGCGCUGUCCACUUUCUGCGCCUGCAUUUUGUAGGCAAGGUCAUCAAGGAUGCAGAAGCCAUCGAUGACGCCAAUGUAUUUGGCAAGGUCGGGACAGAUGGGCCCGAGAUGGCGGCCGGCUUGAUUGGCAAAAAGAUCAUAUCAGCAGGAACCCAAGGCAAAUAUUUCUGGAUGGAAAUGAGCAAGCCUCCCCAUCUUGUAAUGCACUUUGGAAUGACCGGUUGGAUCCAUAUAAAGGGCGAGAGGUCUGCAUACACCAACUACUACAAGAAGAUGAAACCGGAUGAACUCGACAAAUGGCCGCCCAAGUAUUGGAAGUUCAAGAUCGAGACAGAAGAUGGUGAUGAGAUGGCCUUCACAGAUCCACGACGCUUUGGUCGUGUCCGUACAGUCGACUGCCCCGGAAAGGACAUCAGGAAACACUCACCGCUUGUGGAGAACGGCCCAGAUCCGGUGGUUGACCUCGAUGUUUUUACCGAGGAUUACUUGCGGGAGAAGAUGAAGUCACGCCGUGUGCCCAUCAAGGCUCUUCUGCUUGAUCAGGCUGUUAUUAGUGGCAUUGGAAAUUGGGUUGCUGAUGAAGUCUUGUAUCACGCAAAGCUUCACCCGGAACAGUACUGUAACGACUUUAGCGAUGCUGAGAUCAAGCAGCUUUACGAGUCCAUCAGAUAUGUGUGUCAGACGGCUGUCGAUAAGCUUGGGGAUUCGGAUCAGUUUCCAGACGACUGGCUCUUCAACUAUCGCUGGGGUAAAGGUUCCAAGAAUGCGCACAGUCACACUCCCAACGGUGACAAGCUGGCCUUUCUUACUGUCGGCGGGCGUACAAGUUGCUAUGCACCCGCAAGGCAGAAGAAAACUGGCCAAAUUGUGUCGGGCGUGAAGGAAGAACCCCUUGAGUCGGCUGAAGAGAAGGACUCCCCGAAGAAGGCGUCGAGAACGAAGGUGGCCAAAUCAAAAGACAAAAGCGAGGAGCUAGAAGCCAACGGGUCAAAGGUGAAGACAGAAAAGGCCGCGCCAAGGAAGAGGAAGAUCAAAACAGAAGAAGACGAAGAGGUGACAUGUACGCCAAACAAGGCACAGCCGCAUCCCUCAAAGAAGUCUACGCGCUCACGGUACUUUGAAGAUCCCAAAAAUCCGAAAGGGGGCGCAGAGGCAACAGAGGAGGCCAAGGCUGACACCUCGGGAAGAAGACGCUCGGGCAGGUUGCAAAGUAAAGCAGCUUGA